AUGGAGCCCUUCUCCCUGCCAGAACCGGGGGUUCCUGCAGAAAACAGCUCACCUGUGCCGCAGAAAAAAUACCGAGUCCUGGUGGGUGUGACUGGAAGCGUGGCUGCCCUGAAGCUGCCUCUCCUCAUCGCCGAGUUGCUGAAAAUCCCUGGGCUUGAAGUGAAGGUGGUCACUACUGAGAGAGCAAAGCAUUUCUACAAUGCCCAGGAGAUUCCUGUCACCCUCUACGGCGAUGAAGAUGAAUGGCAGCUGUGGAAAGGUCGCUCAGACCCAGUGCUGCACAUCGAGCUCAGACGGUGGGCCGACCUGAUGUUGGUGGCACCCCUUGAUGCAAACACACUGGCAAAGCUCGCCAACGGCAUCUGUGACAACCUGCUGACUUGUGUCAUCCGUGCCUGGGAUCUGAGCAAACCUCUGCUCUUCUGCCCAGCUAUGAACACGGCCAUGUGGGAACAUCCCAUCACCGCUCAGCAGGUGGGGCAGCUGAAAGGCUUUGGCUACACAGAGAUCCCCUGUGUGGUGAAGAAACUAGUGUGUGGAGAUGAAGGUCGAGGUGCCAUGGCAGAAGUGUGGACCAUUGUGGAGAGCGUGAAAAGGAUCCUUGAAGAACAGGGCCUGCCAACGCAGAGCUGAUGGUUUGGCAUGUAAAUUGUUUUUGUGUGCCUCCCUGAUGAUUUGAAGAUAAAACCACAGGAAACUGGGUCGAGGUGGCACGCAUACCUACAGCGUGCUCUUCAACCGAAGGAGCGAAACGGUUGUCUUCCAGCUGGUGCCAAACUGAAACGCGGUACAUCGCUGCAGACUGUCAGAAACCAAAGCCAAGGACGUGUUUCUUUAGUGUGGGAAAACUCUGGGGUAUCUUGCAGAGGGAGUAACGUUCCCCUAGGCCACUCAGCCCCCAGGAUUUCACGCGGGCUCCUUUCCGAGGAGG